UGGAAUGAGUGAAAUCAGUCGCAUGCAUCACAGGAGCAUCUGUUGAGUCAGAGACAGAAGGUUCAUCAAGGGCGCAUUAUCCUGCUGAAAGAGGCCACAGCCACCAGGGUAUACAGUUUCCAUGAAAGGGUGUAUGUACAUGGUCAGCAACAAUACUUUGGUAGGUGGUACGCGUCAAAGUAACAUCCACAUGGAUGGCAGGACCAUUAUCCCAGCAGAACAUUGCCCAAAGCAUCGCACUGCCUCCGCCGGUUAGCCUUCUUCCAAUAGUGCAUCCUGUUGCCAUGUGUUCCCCAGGUAAGCAACGCACACACACCCGGCCAUCCAUGUGAUGUCAAAGAAAACGUGAUUUAUCAGACCAGGCCACCUUCUUCCAUUGCUCUGUGGUGCAGUUUUGAUGCCCACUGCUGGUGCUUUCGGCGGUGGACAGGGGUCAGCAUGGGCACCCUGUACGCAACAAACUGCGAUGCACUGUAUAUUCUGACACCUUACUAUCAGAACCAGCAUUAACUUCUUGAGCAAUUUGAGCUACAGUAGCUCGUCUGUUGGAUCGGACCACACAGGCCAGCCUUCGCUCCCCACGUGCAUCAAUGUGCCUUGGCCGCCAAUGACCCUGUCGCUGAUUCAGCACUGUUCCUUCCUUGGACCACUUUUGAUAAAUACUGACCACUGCAGACCGGGAACACCCCACAAGAACUGCAGUUUUGGAGAUGCUCUGACCCAGUCGUCUAGCCAUCACAAUUUGGCCCUUGUCAAACUCGCUCAAAUCUUAAGCUUGCCAAUUUCUCCUGCCUCUAACACAUCAACUUUGAGGACAAAAUGUUCACUUGCUGCCUAAUAUAUCUCACCCACUAACAGGUGCCAUGAUGACGAGAUAUUCAGUGUUAUUCACUUCUCUGUUAUUUGAAUAAGUUGUGAAGCAGGAUAUUAUUUCCUGAUGUAUUUUUGUUGACCAACAUCCACUUUAGACUAUUGGAGAUAUUGGAAACCUUUAAAAGGCUACAGUUCAGACAGGUCAGCCCUUUUACUGGCAUUAAAGUUUUCACAGGCUAUCAAUGUCAUUUAUUGUUGAGCUAAUUAUUAAUUUAAUCAACGUUUAUCAUUACGUGCUGUUAAUAAUACGUGCUGCUGAAUCAUUUACAGCACUGUACGAAUAAAAAAUAAAAUUCUGUAACAAAAUGAAUUACAUAACCAGAGCGAAUAACUGCACUGAUCACGUGACCCAGCACGCCCCUGCCUAAUCGCCAAUCCACUCCAUCCCCUUACACGGACACAGUGAUUGGCGUAGAAAGGUUUUGUUGCUAUAACCCAAAUGUUUGACAGUAAGAGAGAGCUGUUCACUCUUCUGUAAUCUUGGGCACGCGAUAUCUCACCGUCAGUCAAAUCCUGAGUACGCAUGGCUUCACACAAGCAGAAAGACAGUUUAGCCGGCUUCCAGCCGGCCUUUAAAUCGUUUGCCACAGAUGCGAUCCACGUUGGUUCAGAGCCGGAGCAGUGGAACUCUAUGGCCGUAGUGCCUCCCAUUUCAUUGUCUACCACCUUUAAACAGCAUAGUCCGGGAAAACAUGCAGGUUUUGAGUACAGCAGGUGUAGAAAUCCCACAAGAAACUGUCUUGAGAGAGCAGUUGCUGCUUUGGAUCGUGCACAAUACUGUCUUGCACUUGCCUCUGGAUCUGCUGCAACUUUUACCGUUACGCAUCUUUUUAAGGCCGGAGAUGGAAUUUUGUGCAUGAAUGAUGUUUAUGGAGGAACUAACCAAUAUUUCAGAAAAAUAGCUACGGAAUAUGGCCUUGAUGUCACUUUUGUUGACCUCACGAAGCUAGAAGAGCUAAAAGCAGCUCUAAAACCAAAUACAAAGAUGCUAUGGAUUGAAACGCCCACAAACCCUACUAUGAAGGUUGUGGACAUUCAGGGUUGUGCAGAUAUUGUCCAUGAGCACAACAAGGAUGCACUUGUUGUUGUGGACAACACUUUCAUGUCAGCCUACUUCCAGCGACCCCUUGCACUUGGAGCAGACAUCUGCAUGUACUCUGCAACAAAAUACAUGAAUGGACACACUGAUGUUGUCCUGGGCUUGAUUUCUCUCAACCGUGGGGACCUCUAUGAACGGCUGAAGUUUUUGCAGAGUGAGCUUGGUGCCGUUCCCUCUCCAUUUGACUGUUAUAUGUGCAGCCGGGGUCUGAAGACACUGCACCUGAGAAUGAAGCAGCACUUUAAAAACGCACUGGCUGCGGCACAGUUUCUAGAGGCCGACCCAAGAGUGGAAAAAGUCGUCUUCCCAGGUCUUCCAUCUCACCCUCAGUAUGAGCUGACGAAGAGACAGUGCACAGGCUGUCCUGGGAUGAUUACUUUCUACAUUAAAGGAAAACUGGAGCAUGCCUCAACUUUCCUCAGCAAUCUGAAGUUGUUUGCGCUUGCUGAAAGUCUUGGUGGUUUUGAGAGUCUAGCAGAGCACCCAGCGAUUAUGACUCAUGCUUCAGUACCUGAGAAUGAGAGGAAAGAACUGGGCAUCAGUGAUACUCUCAUUCGUCUGUCGGUGGGUCUGGAGGAUGAGGAAGAUAUUAUUGCAGACCUAGACCAAGCCCUCGAUGCUGCAGGCAAUAAUUAAGAAGUUCCAAUCAACUAAAGAUGUUACAAAUCUGCCUGGAAGAGGACGUGUCUAAAUCAUCCUAAUGCGCUGUGAGGAGGAAAAUUUGAGUGGACAAAAACUCUCCAAAGAUCACAGCUCGAGAACUGAAGAGAUUAGUUGAGUCUUGAGUCUCAGAAAGCCUAAAAAAAAAAGAUCAAACAGCACCUACAUCCCCACAAGUUGUUCGGGAGGGUUUCAAGAAAAAUCCUCUGCUCUCAUCUAGAAACAAUAUCCAGCAUAUUCAGCUGUCAGACAAGACUGGAACUUUAAACGGGACCGGCUUUUAUGGUCAGAUGAAACUAAAAAAAGAGCUUUUUGGCAGCAAACCCACCAGAUGGGUUUGGUGCACACAUGGAUAAAAAGUACCCCAUGCCCACGGUUAAAUAUACUGCUGGAUCUUUAAUGUUGUGGGCCUAUUUUUCUGCUGGAGGUCCUGGACAUCUUGUUCAGAUACUGAUUCAGGAUAAUGAUCCAAAACAAACAUCAAAACCAACACAAAAAUGUGUCACUGAGCACAAAAUGAAGCUUCUGCCUUGGCCAUCCCAGUCCCCUGACCUGAACCCUAAAGAAAAUGAGUGGGGUGAACUGAAGAGAAGAAGCACCAACAUGGAGCUGGGAAUCUGAAGGAUCUGGAGAGAUUCUGCAUGAAGGAAUGGUUUCUGAUCUCUUGUCAGGUGUUCUCCAAACUCAACAGGCAUUAUAGGUGAAGACUCAGAGCUGUUAUCUUGGCAAAAGGAGGUUGCAAAAAGUAUUGAAUAGAAGGGUGCCAAUAAUUGUGGCCAACGUGUUACGGAGAAAAACAUUUAUUUCAUAAUGUGAUCCCCCCCCCC